CGGCAGUAGUCUGUUUCUGGUGGGGCACUAGGCUCGCUGCAAGCGAUGAUAGACUAUUUCCUUAUUUUAAAACCUUCCAAAACUCUUUCCUUUCUCUCAACGGAUUUGCAGUUUAUGGACUACCGAAUUAACAGAUUUUUGCAGGGAUUGGAAUAAUUCGACUACAGUUUUGGGAGUCCCUGGGAGAGGGGAGUCCGAGAGAAAAGUUUAUAUCACUGCGCGACAGGCACUAUAUGGAGAGAGUGGGUGAGCUUACAGUAUGGUUUCAUUCUCCGUACCAUCUAUGAUUUAUGAAAGGAUUUAGAUAGCUUUAAAACAUAGAAAUUACAGAAUAUACUUCUGAUGAAUGCCAUUUUUAGCGUUACGAUCAAAUUAACAUGUAUGGACACGCAUGAAAAGAGUUCUGCGUAAACCAGUAGAACUAGAUUGCGUGUGAGUUUCGACUGGAGUCGUAUACUACAGUCACUCCCAGGUAAACCAUUAAAUUCCCCAAAGUUUCUUCACAACGUCAUCCUUGUUAUAUAAAAUACCAAUCUAACUAUGGCGGGGAUGAGCAAUGCCCACAUGAAGACCCUGGAGGACCUGACUCUAGACUCGGGCUACGGGGCAGGGGACUCCUGCAAGUCCCUGAGCCUCUCGUCCUCCAAGUCCAACUCACAGCCGUUCAUGACGGCUCCGCAUCGGGGCAACUGGUGGUACUACUCCGGCUCCAUGAACAGUCGCAACAACAGCUGGGACACGGUCAACACGGUGCUGCCCGAGGAUCCCGAGGACAUCUUCUCCAAGUGUCCCCGUUUACCGGAGCUCGAGGAGUUCCCUUGGACCGAAGACGAGGUGGGAAAGAUACUGCGUAAAGUAGCCGGGAACGUUACCGGUGCCAAAGCGUUUCCGGUGCCGACAUUAUCCAAUGAGGCAGUCCGGAGGCUGUCCACGCUCCUUCGCCGAGCCCUCAUCCGCAUUUCGAGGGAGGCUCAGCGGCUGAGCGUCAUGCACUGCCGUUGCACUCGCUUCGAGGUGCAGAGCGCCAUGAGGCUGGUGCUGAGCUGGGCUCUGGCCGAACACUGCAUAUCGGCCACGGUCAAGGCCAUCUCCAUGUACAGUAUGAGCGCCGGAGAGCUCCUGAGGAAGGGCAAAUCUGCACGUUGCGGCCUGUCCUUCUCCGUGGGAAGGUUCUUUCGAUGGAUGGUGGACACCCGCAUCUCGGUGCGCAUCCACGAGUAUGCGGCUAUCUGUCUUACCGCCUGCAUGGAGGCGCUGGUGGAGGAGGCCGGCGCCCGGGUAAUGAUGGCUGAGCGAGGGCACUCCAGGGGGGACACAGUGUCAGGCUGUACCCCGGUGUCGGUCGAAGCUCUGGAGGGGGUGGUGAACAAUGACGCGGAGCUGUGGGGGGUCCUGCAGCACUAUGAGCAUCUCAUCUGCGGCAAGAACGCCAAUGGGGUGCUGUCCCUCCCGGCCUACUUCAGUCCUUACACAGAGGGCCAGGGACAGGGCCAGGCUGGGGUGGAGAGCAGAGAGGACGCCUAUGCCCAACUGGAGCUCCGCACCCUCGAACAGUCCCUCCUGGCCACCUGCGUUGGCAGCAUCUCCGAGCUCAGUGACCUGGUGUCUAGAGCCAUGCACCACAUGCAGCGUUUGAGCUCCGUACGCCCGGGGCUCAGCCCGGCCCACCACACCCGGCCCCAACAGAUUGUCUCCUGGUUGCCCGACGCCCUACACACCCUCUACUACUUCCUCCGCUGCCCACAGAUGGAGUCCAUGGAAAACCCCAACCUAGACCCACCCAGGAUGGCCCUCAGCAAGGAGAGGCCCUUCCUGCUGCUGCCGCCCCUGAUGGAGUGGAUGCGAGUGGCCAUUGUGCACGCUGAGCACCGCCGCAGCCUAUUGGUGGACAGCGAUGAUGUCAGACAGACCGCCAGACAGCUCCUCCCAGGCCUGGACUGUGAACCCAGACAGCUUAAGCCUGAGUGUUGUUUUAGUUCUUUCAGGCGUCUGGACUCCAAGGCGGCCACUGAUAAGUUUCACUUGGACCUGGGCUUCCGCAUGCUCAACUGUGGACGCACCGACCUGAUUGGCCAGGCCAUCGACUUGCUGGGGCCUGACGGGGUAAACAGCAUGGAUGACCAGGGUAUGACCCCUCUAAUGUAUGCGUGCUCAUCGGGAGAUGAAGCUCUGGUGCAGAUGUUGAUUGAUGCCGGAGCCAACCUAGAUGUGGCGGUGCCUGUCUGUUCUUCCAAGCAACCCUCUGUCCACCCGGACAGUCGCCACUGGGCGGCUCUUACCUUCGCUGUGCUGCACGGUCACAUCUCUGUGGUGCAGCUCCUGUUGGAUGCAGGGGCUAACGUGGAAGGGGCAGCCGUCCGAAACGGGCAGGAGAGCACAGCAGACACCCCUCUCCAGCUGGCAUCUGCAGCAGGGAACUAUGAGAUGGUGAGCCUGCUCCUCACCAGGGGGGCAGACCCUCUGUCCAAGACCCAUGAUGGCAACGCUUUGACAUCAUCACUCUAUGAGGACAUGAACUGCUUCAGUCACGCCGCAGCGCACGGACACAGGAACGUGUUGCGCAAACUGCUCACCAAGCCCCAGCAGGUCAAAGAGGACGUCCUCUCCCUCGAAGAGAUGCUAGCUGAAGGGGUGGAAGGGGAGGACGCCUGCUCUCUCCCCAGCCUACCUCCUCCAUCCCCUGGGUGCCCGUCUGAGGGGGGCAUCCCGCGGCUGUGCAAGGCCAGGAUGAAGGCCCUUCAGGAGGCUAGUUACUACAGCGCCGAGCACGGCUACCUGGAUGUCACCAUGGAGCUACGGGCACUGGGUGUCCCAUGGAAGCUGCACGUGUGGCUGGAGUCUCUGCGAGUGGCCCAGCAGCAGUCUAGGGCCUCGGUCACUCUGUCCCUCCUUCGAGAGUUCACCUCCAUCAGGGAGGAAGACUACUGCCACGAGCUAGUCUCUCUGGGCCUACCCCUCAUGUUCACCAUCCUACGAACCACCAAGAACGAUGCCAUCACCCAGCAGCUUGCAGCCAUCUUUAGCCACUGCUUUGGCCCGGCUCCACUGCCGGCCAUUCCGGAGAUGAAGGCCACCCUCUCAGCACAGCUGGACCCCCAUUUUCUGAAUAACAUGGAGAUGUCAGAUGUGACGUUUUUGGUGGAGGGGAAACCUUUCUACGCCCACAAAGUCCUGCUGAUCACUGCUUCAGACAGGUUCAAGUCUCUGCUGGCCUCAUCAGGACCAGACGGAACUAAAGCUAUUGAGAUCAGUGACGUCAAGUACAACGUCUUCCAGAUGAUGAUGUCAUACCUGUACUGCGGAGGGACAGAGUCACUGAAGACCAACGUGUCUGACUUGUUGGAGCUGCUUUCAGCGGCCAGCGUUUUUCAGUUGGGGGCCCUACAGAGACACUGUGAGAUAAUCUGCUCCCAGAGCAUCGAUCUUGAAAAUGCUGUCAGCAUCUACAGGACGGCCAAGGCCCACGGUGCAUCAGUGCUGAGUUCAUUCUGCGAGGGCUUCUUCCUGCAGCACAUGGCAGGGCUCCUGGAGAGAGAGGCCUUCCGGUCUCUGCUCCUGGGGCCUCUGGGGGCCCGCUGGGUGACGGAGAUGGGCUCGGGGCCUAAAAUGGUGCCUCCUAGGGGAGACUCGCCACUGGAGGAACUCGAGAUGACCCUGGCUCGCCGGCUACGCUCUCUCUACAUCACCUCGCGUGUCUGACGAGGAAAGGAGAAAGAUGGAAUGCAGAGGAGAGGAAAAGGAGGAAGAGAGUGUGCAAUCGGUGCACACUCUCUUCCUCCUGGGAGGAGAAAGUCUCAAGUGUUUUAGGACGUCACGAGUGCCCUUAGAUACAGAUUUAGGAUCAGAUUGCCAUCCCGUGAUCCUAACCUGAACCAUUAGAGUGGAAAACCACUGAAACUGACCUUAGCUCAGCAUCUAAGGGCAUCGUCAUCCUUAAUCGUUAUUUCUCGAUGGAGGGUAAGACAAGGAUGAAAGAGAUAAGGCUGGAUAGAGAGUGGGUGUGAUGGGUACAGGAUGGGUACCGUGACGGCCUGUUCCCAAAUUUGACUCUUGGACAAUUUAUUUUGCUACACGGACAAUUCAGUGUUUGACCUGAAGUACUCACCUCUAGCUGUCUAUUACAGUAGCUAUAUAUACGCAGUGGAAGAGUGAACAGAAUGGUCUAUCUGUCUGUCUUUCUGUUUGUCACCAAGGCUCUGGAAGCUUGUGUACAGAGACGGACAAGACAGCAGAAUGAGGCAGUGAAAACUUUAACAUUUAGGAUUUCUAGAACACUGCUGCCGCCCAGUGGACAAAGCCCGUAAAGAACUCAGAUUAUAAAAAUAGAGUGACUAGAUUAUGUUUCCAUGCCUCAAAUAAAGGUAAAAAGGUUCUGAUGGAAUAUAGAAAGUCUGAAACAUUAUUUUAAUGGACCACUGAUAUGAAGGGGCUGGAGUUCUCUUUUCCUUCAGCCCCCUUCAGAGUGGUGAAGACUGAGAGAAGAGGUGGAUUUGAGAGCCCCCACAGUGGAUUCAAAGAAGUUGGUUUUACUAAGUGUAUUUUCUUUAUACAUAGUCGUCCUAUUUUUUUUCUUUCUUUUUUUGACAGAGUGAAGAGGAAAGAAAAACACUUACUAAAGAGUGGAAUGGACAUUUUCUAUUUAAAGAAAAAAAGAUGUGAGAGUAUUUAACAGGGAGUUCCCUUUUUAUUGUGUUUUAAUAAUUGUAGGCAAAUUAUUAUUAUUAAUGUAAGAUAAAGAUUUGUGUAGCUGGACAAUUCCAGGCCUUGUACACACUAACCAUUACAGUUGAAGUCGGAAGUUUACAUACACUUAGGUUGGAGUCAUUAAAACUAGUUUUUCAACCACUCCACAAAUUUCUUGUUAACAAACUAUAGUUUUAGCAAGUCGGUUAGAACAUCUACUUUGUGCAUGACACACGUAAUUUUUCCAACAAUUGUUUACAGACAGAUUAUUUCACUUAAAAUUCACUGUAUCACAAUUCCAGUGGGUCAGAAGUUUAUAUAC